AUGAUGGGAUAUGAGAACCAGGGCUUUGAAGAAGCCCAUCUUUAUGCAUCAAAAGAAGAAAUGGCUUCAUUAGUCCUCAACGAAGAUCCAUCACCACCGUCCAACGGCUCAAAGUCGUUUCCUCAUGACCCCCUUUCAUCAUCUCCACCGUUCGUUGAAAUUCCGACCGACGAUACUGAUCCCCUACACCCGCCUUCAGCGAAUCAAGUUCUUCCCAGUCACAGCUCCAUUAAUUCCAUCCUCGAACCCCCGUCUUAUGCUGACGCCAUCUUUCGGUCAUUUGACUCUGAUUAUGUUGCUUCUCCUGAAGUCAAUAGCCAAGAUCAGUCCUUGUCGGCAUUGCCAUCGUUUUCGUCAGAUUAUAUUAAAAUCUGUGUUUCGGAUCCACAGAAGGAGCAGGAGCAAUCUGGGUCACUUGUGCCUGGAGGGAGCUAUUAUUUCACAUAUUUGAUUACCACUUUCACAAAUUUGCCCGAGUUCAAUGGGGCGGAGUUCAAUGUUCGAAGAAGGUUUAGAGAUGUUGUAACUUUGUCUGACAGGAUAUCAGAGAGUUAUCGCGGGUAUUUUAUACCAAUUAGGCCUGACAAAAGUGUAGUCGAGAGCCAGGUGAUGCAGCAGAAUGAAUUUGUGGAGCAAAGGCGAAUAGCGUUGGAGAAGUAUUUGGGGAGGCUGGCAGUGCACCCGGUGUUAAAGCGGAGUGAGGAGCUGCGAGUGUUUUUGACAGUUUCAGGGAAAAUGCCGCUGGCAAGGACAACCGAUGUGGCAUCGAGGAUGUUGGAUGGGGCGGUGAGGCUGCCCAAGCAGCUGUUUGGCGGAGAGAGUGUAGUUGGAGGAGCAGCGGAGGUUAGUGAGGUGGCGCUGCCCGCAAAGGGCGGGAGGGAUUUGUUGAGAAUUUUCAGGGAGUUGAAGCAGUCAGUGGUGAAUGAUUGGGGCGCUACUAAACCUCCUGUCAUUGAGGAGGAUAAGGAGUUCUUGGAGAAGAAAGAGAAGUUGCAGGACCUUGAGCAGCAGAUAAGCAAUGUGUCUCAGCAGGCUGAAUCUCUUGUCAAAAAUCAUCAUGACAUGGGGGAGACAAUGGGUCAAUUGGGACUGGCUUUUGUGAAGUUAACCAAGUUUGAAUCGGAGGAAGCUAUUUAUGACUCUCAAAAAGCAUGUGCUGCAGACAUGAAAAAUGUGGCAACUGCCGCUGUCAAAGCAAGCAGAUUGUAUCGGGAAUUAAAUGCUCAAACUGUCAAACAUUUGGAAAAGCUUCAUGAAUACCUUGGGGUGAUGCUAGCUGUAAACAAUGCAUUUUCAGAUCGAACAAGUGCUUUGCUGACGGUGCAAACUCUUAAAUCAGAAUUGUCAUCUUUAAAUUCAAGGAUUGAAAAGCUCGAAGCUGCUUCAUCCAAGAUAUUUGGUGGUGAUAGAUCUAGGAUUCGGAAGAUAGAAGAGCUGAGAGAAACUGUUAGAGUAACUGAGGAGGCUAAAAAUUGUGCAGUCAGAGAAUAUGAACGGAUAAAGGAAAAUAACAAGAAUGAACUUGAGAGACUAGACAAAGAGAGGCAAGAUGAUUUCUUAAGCAUGCUCAAAGGAUUUGUUGUUAAUCAGGCAGGAUAUGCAGAGAAGAUGGCAAACACUUGGGAAACAGUUGCAGAAGAAACUAGUGGAUAUGUGAAAUAG